AUGUCUCAAUUAUGCGCGAUCGAGAAAUGCAUUCGAAAAUCACGUUGGAUAUGUGAUUGUUGCCAGCAACAUCUUUGUUUACAACAUUUAAAUGAACAUAAUGCUUUUCUUAUUUCUCAACUGAAUCCUUUAACUGAUGAAAUUAAUGCACUUGACAUUCGUCUCAAAACAGUAAACGUUCAAAACAAAAUUAGCAAUAGCCGUCUAAAACUUGAACAAUGGCGUCAAGAUUGUUAUAAGAAGAUCGAUUGUUUAUUUGAACAAAAAUGUCAAGAACUUGAUAAACUUGUUAAUGAAAAAGUUAACGAACAACGAGAAGAGCUCAGUCGAAUACACUUGAAAAUAAGUAAACUGAUCGAUGCACAAGAAACAACUCGUCAAGAUAUCGAUUCAUUGACAUUAACUAUUCAUCAACUCGAAAUCAACAUGAACAACAUCGAGCGAACAUGUUUUACGAUCGAUACUCGUCCAUUACCAAUAGAUGACACAUUCAUUUCAAUUAAGAAAAUAAUUGAAAAUGAGCUUGAUCUAUCAACUCUUUCGCUUGCUUACAGAACGAUUUAUCGUAGUGAGACAAGUUUUCGAUCAUUAACUAGUAACGAUCGAUACUUUUUGAUACAUGAAGAACCAAAUUUAUGUUUAUUUGAUCGAGAAAUGAACAUAGUCAAACAAAUGUUAUGGUCGUAUGACACAAUCUGGGAUAUGUGUUGGACAUCAACCUUAGAUAAAUUCAUUGUACUUGGAAAAAAGAAUAUCUAUCUCAUUAAUGAAAAUACAAUGUCGAUCGAUGAUAUGUACAGAAUUGGAGAACGAGACUUGAUAUCAUGUACAUGUUCUGAUACAGUUCUCUUUGCAUGCACAAAUGAAGGUGCUUCAUCCAUUAUGGAAUUCACAUUAUUCCCAGCAAUCGAAUUGAUUAAAGAGUGGAAAUAUCCUCUUACAUGUACGAAAGAUGAAAUUAUCAAUGAUAUUAUUUACAAUAACGAAAAUCUUGCUCUGAUGGUAAAGAAUAAAUUCGAGAAAUCGCUUCGCAUUGAAUUAAGAUAUGCACAGACACUCUAUCGCAUCUGGGCACUUCAGCUUGAUGUCAAGUGUGUUCAGAAGAUACCAUUUCGAUGUUGUUCACUCACUUGUAAUGAAUGGCUCAUUGUUGACUAUGAGACUGAACGCCUGUUACAGAUUACAAAAGAUGGACAACUGAAAACAGCAAUUGAAUAUAAUCCAACUCCAUUGCGUGCUAUUCUAUUCGAUAUAAAUAAGCUGGCUAUAUCAACUGAGGGUGGCGUCAAUCUACAUACAAUUCAAUCAAAUCAAUGA